AAAUUAUAUGCUUUGACUUUUCUCUGCCCCCUCUCGAGACGUAAGACCGAAUCCAACCCGCUUUGCUCCUCACGUUCGUCAUCGCCAGUCUAUCUUAAUUUCAUUCGCGCCUCCUGGGUUGGUGUACAUCCGUUCUUCAUCGACACUGGUCGCUUUGGAGAGAAAAAGAAGGAGGUCGCGCAACAGCCAUGGCUUCUUCCGCCAACCCCGCUCUGGAUCCCGAUCUCGAUCGACCCGAGAACCCCGGCCACGAGCUCGCGCAGUUCGGGGCGGGAUGCUUCUGGGGCGUGGAGCUGGCGUUCCAGAGGGUGGCGGGCGUCGUGAAGACCGAGGUCGGGUACUCGCAGGGCCACGCGCCCGACCCGACCUACAAGCUGGUCUGCUCCGGGACGACGGGCCACGCGGAGGUGGUCCGGGUCCAGUUCGACCCCGAGGCCUGCCCCUACGCCGACCUCCUCGCCCUCUUCUGGUCUCGUCAUGAUCCCACCACGCUCAAUCGCCAGGGAGGUGAUGUUGGGUCGCAGUACCGGUCGGGGAUAUACUACUACAACGAAUCCCAGGCGCGCCUAGCGAGGGAAUCCCUGGAAGCCAAGCAGUCGGAGUACAAGGGCAAGAAGAUCGUGACUGAGAUCCUCCCGGCGAAGAGGUUCUACCGAGCAGAGGAGUACCACCAGCAGUAUCUCGAGAAGGGAGGCGGUCGAGGGAACAAACAAUCCGCCGAGAAGGGCUGCAAUGACCCCAUCAGAUGCUACGGUUGAGUUCUUCCUGCAAUCGAGAUGGCGCAAUA